GUCACGGGAAGUGAAGCGCAGAGCUCCUUCCGGUAGUGCGUAAGCCCCGAGCGGAGCCGAGACCCAGCGGAGCCUGAAUCCCAAUAAGACAAGAUGGCCGGGCUGCCCCGCAGGAUCAUCAAGGAAACCCAGCGCUUGCUGGCAGAACCUGUUCCUGGAAUAAAAGCAGAGCCAGAUGAAAGCAACGCACGUUAUUUUCAUGUGGUCAUUGCAGGCCCACAGGAUUCUCCCUUUGAGGGUGGGACAUUUAAACUUGAACUAUUCCUUCCAGAAGAAUAUCCAAUGGCAGCUCCGAAAGUACGUUUCAUGACCAAAAUUUAUCAUCCUAACGUAGACAAAUUGGGAAGAAUAUGUUUAGAUAUUUUGAAAGACAAAUGGUCUCCAGCUCUGCAGAUCCGUACAGUUCUGCUAUCAAUCCAGGCUUUGUUAAGUGCUCCCAACCCAGAUGAUCCACUAGCAAAUGAUGUAGCUGAGCAGUGGAAGACCAAUGAAGCCCAAGCCAUAGAAACAGCCAGAGCAUGGACUAGGCUAUAUGCCAUGAAUAAUAUUUAAAAUGUGCUCUGAAUCAGUGUGCAUCACUUUUUCCUGUUCUGCCAAGACCUCUUCCUUUUUUCUUUUUUUUUCUUUUUGUUUGCAUUUAAUGGACACAGUCUUAGAAAACAUUACAGAAUAAAACCCAGACAUCAGUUCUUUGGUGAUUUAAAUGCAUACUAGCAAAUCUGUGUCUUGUCCUAAUUCACUCCUGUUCCGCAUGAGCAGAGGCUAGAAGUAUCAUCGGGAUUGUUUGUGAAAUUGUUUAAAAGCAGUAGCACAUCUCUGCUUUUAAUAAGUUUUCCCCAUCAUGAGUUAAGUGUAAGCACUGUGAAUGAAAGUAGUCAGGGUUAGCUGCAGGGAUUUUUGUUCUAAUUGUGUGGGCUCUUCCUCCCUUUUUUAUGGUGAUGCUAAUUGUAUCGGUUAAAGCAGCUAACCAGUUAUACUCUAGAAUAUGCCCUCUAGCCAAGUCUAACUUAGACGCUGUAGAUGGACAAGCUUGGCUGUUUGAACAAAAAUGGGAACAUUAAACAUCCAUCACUAAUAAUAUUGUGAUUCUGCUGUCAAGUGUAAAAACCCUCCCUUCAAGAAAAGAAAAAAAAGCUUGUGACCAUUUUGUAUGGCUUGUCUGAAAAAUCUUCUGUAAAUCUUAUGUUUUAGUAAAAUAUUUUGUUAUUCUACUUUGCCUUUGUACAGUUUGUUUUGCUGUGUUCUUUUGUUCACUUUUCAAUUGUGACAAUCAUUUUUUUUUAAAUGAAGCCUGAUUAGAACACUUUGAUUUUCAUCAACCUAACAGCUGUAGUGAAAUAUUGGAUUUCCCCCCUCUCGACCUGUAUUCAUAGGCCAUGCCACAUUAGUGUUCAUAAUAUUUCUUUUGUUUUUAAAAAGCCUCUGAUAAAUGUAAUUGUUAUCAGAGUCGGUUAGAUGCAUCAUUAAUGUGUUUGUACUUGCAAAGUUAAGUACCACUGAAGCAGGAAGCUAGCAAAACAAACAGUAAUUUUGGGUGUAUGUGUACCUUGUCUGUCUUGUGCUACGUAUUAUCCAGUAUCGGAAUACAUUUUAAAAUAACUUGGAUCUUAAAAAUAAAUAAAUAAAUCCUCUGCAUAAAAUGAGAUGUUAACAGUGCAGGUCAAUUGGUUGCUAAGGUAUUUACAAUUAGGCUUCUUAGCUCUGGCUGUAACUGCAGUCUUUAAGCUACUACUUUCUUGACCCAUUUCUUCAUUUGAAGAUGGAAACUUCUUAUUUCUUAAGAUAUCACGCAAAAAUGUAAAUAACUCAUGGGAGCAUAUUUUGAUCCCAACUUCUAACUUCUGUAUUUCUCAAAAUUUCUUUUCUUUUCUUACCCUACUUCUUUGCCUUGACCACCUUUCUGAUAUCUCUGCUUUCCAUGUGGCCAGUGUAAUGCCAGCUUGGCAUGGGUAAUGUCUGUCUUGCAGUUUGGGGGGUGGGGGGAAACAGUAUUGAGGUCCAUAAUUUUCUGCCCAUCAUACCUAUUCUAGCAUCAUCUGGGGUUUCUAUAGAAUGUGGUGUAUGUAUUGUGCUCUUAUGUAAGAUAAAGAAUAUCUAUUAAAAUCACAUUUUCAACAGACAAAAAUGCUUUUAGUGAUGGUAUUGUCAGAGUUGACUGCAUUAUAGCAUGAUAAAAGGCUGAUAAUCUGCUUCAACAAGAGAGAGCAUCUCAAAAAAUGUUUCUAGUUGAAAUUCAUUUUUAGAUUGUUUCUGGGCUUCUAGCUAGUCCUUGUCAACUACCAAUGAAUAGCACCACUGUCUGCCGUAGUAGAGAACUGAUUGUGUUAUUCUUCUCUAACACUUGACGAGCGUUUAAGUUCUCAUAUGUCAAUGACUAGAAUGAACAUAACCACAUGCAUAGUGGUAUAAUCUCUGACUACUCAAAAACAAGUCCCACUCAGUUUAAUAAAAGUUAUAUUUAAAAAAUGCUUAUGUUUGCAGCUGUAGUAGUUUUUUUAAAGAAACUUGAAUACCUGCAUAGCAAAUGGCUUUUAAAUGCUGCUACCAUGAUAUUAUUUUUUUUUUUAAAAAAAGACCAGACAUCGUAAACUCUGGCUCUCUGUAUGUCACAUUCUGGAAUAAAACCAAUGGAAAAAAUACCAUAAAACCUGUUAAAAAUGGUACACAGUAGCUGAAGUCAAGUACAUAUGGCAACUAUACGGUUGGAAUGUUACUUAAUGUUCAAACAUAGGGCAUAAUUUAGCAAGAGCUAUACAAAUUCCAAUGGGUUACAGCUUAAUCUAAAUAUUUUUAUUUGCUGUAAAUCCCACUGAAUUCAAUUCUGCAUGAGUGCACAUAGGAUUGUAGCUUUGAACACAUGCUAUAUUUCUCCUAUUGAAAUAAAUGGGCAUGGGAGGCGCUUAACUUUGGACUGUGUCCUUUCCAGCCCUGCAUAUGUGGUAAAUGUCUUUAAAUGUGUACAAAUAACUGUUGAAUCUAUGCUGUGCACUAGAGAGGUGUGUACACUCAAAUUUGAGGAUUUCUCAUCAGUUGCCCAUGGAACUGUGUUGAAACACCUUGUGUUGAAAUCUUACUAAGUUUAAAAUAGGGAGUUGGUGCAAAGCAGAUGUAUAUGCAUUUGUAAACUAGGCAUGCUAAUUUUUUUCCAUGUGUGCAUUGAAAAACAGCUCUUGUGCCAAAACUUGGGAGUUUAGGCAUUCCUUUAGAACUGCAAUUAAGGAGUAAAAUAUCCAAAAAGCCCCUCUGUGUUCUGGCUCUAAAUGUUGAGAGCAGUAAUUAAAGUAACUACAAGGGUUGGUUUUGAAUUUCCAUUUUCCACCUGAAUCUUUCUCCUAAUGAAGUGUAAACAUUAAGAACUAGACUUUUAUCCCUUAAAAAAAAAGGUCAAGGAAUGUGGCUAAAGAGUCACUGAAGGUACUUGAAUCUGUGUUUGAUUGAACUAACAACUUUUAUCUGUAAAGGAGUUCUAAAAAGACUAUCAACAAUAAAUAGGUCAUCUUGUUUGGUACAUCUCAGCUGGUUGGAAUUGUCCCACUGUAUGAUACUAAUAAACCAAGUAGAAUUAUUUACGUAUGUUUGCUUUAUGAUAGGGCUAGGUAGAAAGAUGGGGUUCCUUUACUGAAUUACAGUACAGGUGUUUCAUAUUAAUCUUGGUGCUAAUAAAUAUUCAGGCCAGUUAUCUGGCAUUUGUACUGAUGUAUGAAGCCUUGGCUUAAAUUAAAACCAUGUUCACGAUAACUCUUUUUCCUUUAGCUGAUAAAAAUAUAGUUAUUGUGUGUGUUCUUGAAAGAAGGAAGACCCCAGUGACAAAUAAAUCCAUGCUUUGCAUGGGUAGUUUUACAAGAGUAAACAUAUUGAAUAUCAAGUGUAAUUAUGGCCUAAAAUAAUGUGGAUGUUAUGCUUUUAAAUGAAGCAUAUGCCCAGCAAAUUAUGGUUACUGUAAAAUCUUCAGGUCUAAUACGGUUAGAAAUCAUGUAUAUCUGAGUGUAAUGUACAUUCCUCCUAUGUUCAGGAUUAUUUUUUAAAUGCCUGAUAGGUUCUGUUUAACAUCUUCUGACUGUAAUGUUAUGACACUGAAUAAAAGGAAGAGUGAUUAUUCAUUA